UUCUAUCUGCGCAUGAAAUCGUAAUUUGAAGUAUACUUAAGAUUGAAACCAUCCAAUAAGUAAUUAUCGUAAUCUAAACAGUCAAUCUUAAAAUUCAAUGCAAUAUUAAUUAUAUCAUAACAAGAGAUUAUAGGUACUAUUACCCAGAAAUGUGAAAUUGGGAAUGAUCAAUAAUAGCAGAGAUAAUCUAGAGUUCAAUUUUACUCAUGUAUUCGAUCAAAAAUCUUCUCAAGAUUAAGUAUUUAGUAAGGUCACCAUUCCUGUAAUAAAUAGGUACGUCACCAAUUCGAACUUAUAUAGUUUCUUGGAUGGAUAUAAUGCUACAAUCUUUGCUUAUGGCUAAACUGGAUCUGGUAAAACUUACACUAUGAGUGGUGCUGAAACAUGGCAAUUAAGAGGAGUAAUUCCAAGAGCACUUUCCUAUAUCUUUGAUGAAAUUGACAAGCGAACCAAGUUCCAAUAUAAAAUAUACAUUUCCUUUAUGGAAAUUUAUAAUGAAAAUGCUUAUGAUUUAUUAGAAAAGAGACAUCUUGAAAUUCCUUUAGAAUAAUGGAAUAAAGUAUUAAUUUCUAUUAGAUUUUUAGAUAGCACUAUUUGAAGAUGAUUAAAAUAAUAUCCAUUUAAAAAACUUAUCAAUCCAUUAGUGUAAUAACGAACAAGAAGGAAUUGACUUGCUCAUGAUGGGCAAUUUCAUUAGAUAGGUAAGUUCAACACCAAUGAAUCAAUCAAGUUCCAGAUCGCAUUGCAUAUUCACUGCGACUCUUGAAGGUUGUGAUACAACAACUGACACUUAUUUUGUUAGCAAAUUACACUUAGUUGAUUUGGCUGGUUCUGAAAGAAUCAGUAAAUCCCAAGUUGAGGGUAAUCUUUUAAACGAAGCCAAAUACAUUAAUCUUUCUUUAACCUAUCUAGAACAAGUCAUAAUAGCUUUAAAUGAAAGAAUGAAGGGUGCCAAUAGAUAACAUAUUCCUUAUAGAAAUUCAUUAAUGACUACUCUCCUAAAAGAUUCUCUUGGUGGUAAUUGUAAAACUGUAAUGAUUGCAACUAUUAGUUCUGAAAAUGAUAAUUUAGAAGAGUCUUUGUCAACUUUAAGAUUUAGUUAAAGAGUUGGUUAAUUAGAAAAUGAGGUACUAUCAGCAUAAUAAUACUAAGAUAAGAAGGAAUGAAAAAGUAGAUUUGGAAGCAGUUGUCAAAAGGUUGGAAUAAGAAAAGUUGGUUCUUAUAAGGGAAUUAGAAUAAUACUAAAGAGGGGGAACAGGAAACUCAAAUAAUAAGAAACAGCAAUUUUAAUAAUAAAUAUUACCGUAGUCAAAUGGUAUGCCCCUAAACAAAAAGUAAAUUUAAGAAAAAGUAGAACUCUAUUUGAAUGAACAAGUAACAUAAUUGGACGUUUAGAGUUAUGAGGACGCACAAAUGUGUUUUGAAGCUAUGAAAGACUUAUACAAUACUAGAAUGAAAGAAUAUGUUACUGAACUUACUUUUAUCUCUGAAAAAUUGUAGAAAUAUGAUGAAAUCUUAACUAGAAAGUAUUAACUCAUUAAUUUCCCUUAGGAAAGAAUAAAGUUCAUUUUUAGAACAAAAAGAAAACAGUUCUCCAGAAAAUGAAAUUUAUAAAAGAAAUGAAUCUCAGCAGAUUAAUUCCAAAUAGAAACCUAAUUAGUGA